AUGGCUGUUGGCAUCUCCGUCUACGAUCACACCGUCAGCGGCGAGGAGUUUCUGGGAUACGUCAAUUUCCAGGCAUCGCAGGAAUCCGACGAGGCUGUCAAGGGAUGGUUCGCCCUGGAGGGACACGCCGAUACCAUGGCGGAGAACGCGCCCAUGGUCCAGGCCAACUUCCAAGGUUUCACCUUUGUCGACGAGAGCGCCCUGGACGACCACAUGCGCGACCGCCUCAGGAUGAACAAUGACGACGAGGACAUGGACGAUGCGCGGGGUGCGCGGGAAUCCGCAACCACCGGAGAAUCCGGAGACCAUGUCAACAAUGACGACGACUGGGACAACCUCGACGAUAUUGACCCGAGAAAGGCGAACAGGAUGAGUGGAAUCAUGAAGGGUAGUCCUCAUGAUGAUCAGAUGGUUGGCGGGUCACAUUUCGACCCGUAA